CAGCGUCUCGCCGGUUCGUGAGGAUCUGUGGUCUCAGUUUAAACUCCAGAAAGGCGGAAGUGUGAGCUGGAAGCGGUGAUGACGGCGCGGUUAUUUGUUCUAUCGCACGCUUUCCUCCUUCGUCUGACUGGCAGUGGACAGCGCAGGGGUUUGGGGUCGGAGCUGUGAGGCUGAGAGGAGCCAUGGCCAGUGUUCCUGGUGAUUUUCAGCGCAGGGUUUGACGUGUGGUGCAGGGACGCGGCUGCUGUCAGCUCAGGAUGCUCCGGCUGCUUGUUGUCCUGGUUGUUACCGGCUUGCUGCUGGCGUGCUUUACUUCCUGGGUGUUGGACAGCUACGACACCACCUGGCAUCCGAAACGGAGUUUAACGCAGUCAGACAGCGAGCGCUUUCAGAAGAAACGUGAGGCGCCUUUUCCAGGCGCAGACCUGGACAACAUCUUCUGGUUUGUGCAGGUAUCAGACAUUCAUAUAAGUCGCUUCCGCGAUCCAAGACGCGUCCCGGACUUUGAAAGGUUCUGUACAGACACUCUGAAGGUCAUUAAACCAGCUCUUGUACUUGCCACAGGGGACUUAACAGACGCAAAGACGGAAAAUAAAGUUGGCUCUCUUCAGCAUGAGGUGGAAUGGCAAGCCUAUCACAACAUCCUAAAGAAAUCUCGAGUGCUGGAACGCACAAAAUGGAUAGACAUUCGUGGAAACCAUGAUGCCUUCAAUAUUAUAUCCCCGGAUAGUGUAAACAAUUAUUACAGGAAGUAUUCUGCCAACCAGAAGGUUGGCUCAUUCCACUAUGUGCACAGCACUCCCUUUGGGAACUAUUCCUUUAUCUGUGCUGAUGCCACCCUCACCCCUGGGCCUAAGCGUCCCUAUAACUUCUUUGGAAUACUUAAUCAGAGUCAAGCUGACAUGCUGGCCACCUUUAAGCAGGAGAGUCACAGCAGCAAUCAGACCAUCUGGUUUGGACACUACACCACCUCCACAGUCAUCUCCCCUUCGCCAGGGGUCAGAGCCCUGAUGAGCAAAGCAGUGGCGUACCUGUGUGGGCACCUGCACACGCUGGGGGGUCUGAUGCCUGUCCUCCACAGCAGACACUCAACAGGAACACUGGAGCUGGAGCUGGGAGACUGGAUGGAUAACCGCAGAUACAGGAUCCUGGCCUUUGACCACGACCUCUUGAGUUUCUCGGACCUGACAUUUGAGGACUGGCCAGCAGUGGUCAUCACCAACCCCAAAGAUGCUCAGUACCUGCAUCCAGGAGUGGAGCCUCUGGGUCGCAUCUACAGCUCUACACACAUCAGGAUCCUGGUCUUUUCAGCAGCUUCAGUUACAGAAGUGUAUGUGAGUGUGGAUGGAGAGGUCCUGGGGAAAGCCGAGUGUGUAGGGGGACCUCUGUAUGUGCUGCGCUGGGACCCCAAAGUCUACUCCACGGGACUGCAUACCAUCACAGUCAAAGCAGAGAAUUUGGCAGGCCAGACCAGGGUACGAGAACAACUUUUUACCAUGCAGGAGGACCUCACACCCAGCUUUGGCUUCCUACAGUCUUUCAUCCUUCUCACUGACCACUACAUCCUGGCACGGAUUGCUUUUGUAGCUGUUGUAUUGCUGAUUGUGGGCGUCCUUGUUGCCUUCAGGUUCUUGCAUGUGCCCGUUGCCCGAGGGUUGCGCUCUCAAGCAUUUAUGUCCCUACACCUUGUCAGCAAGACUGACGCUUUCUACUACACCUUGCUGCUGUUUAAUCUGUGUACAGCAUUCGGUCCAUGGUUCAUUGGGGAGGUGAUUGAUGGACACAAUGGAGCUUGCUUUGCUUUCGGUGUGUUUGUGGAUGGACAUUUUCUUCAGGGCAGUCUGACUUAUGUUGUGGGUGUGAUGCAGCUGAUUUUCUUCAACAUGCCUCUGACAUGCUACCUCUGCUGGAGUCUGCACCAGCGCUGCAGCGGCUGCUCCUUCCGCUCUCACUUCUGCAGGCUGGGAUUCCGCUGGAGGACUCUGGCUGUACACGUGGUCAUGCUGCUUCUCUUCAUCUGGCAGGCAUACUCCUGCUACUUCCUGUUGGAGACCUAUGGCCUGUUGGCUUUCGUCCUGUCUCCGGUGCGUACCUGGGCUCUGCUGAUGGGUCUGCUGCUCAUCUGCAAGGUCUGGAGGGGACCAGUUCCAAAUCUCACUAACAAGAGCAACUCGCGGCUAUGACGGCAAAACUGACCAGUUUUUCAGACACGGUUUUAAAUAUUUUACUGUUCUACUCGUUUGAGUGCCAAAUUCUUCCCUCUUUAUCUUUCUUUCUAUACGAUCCCAACAUUAUGGAUUUCUUGAUCUCCUAAUACGAAAGCUGGAGAGAUGAUGUACUGCUUAAGCAAGGGCAUGUUGGGCCAUUUACUUUAACACUGAUCUUGGGCCACCUCCUUUUUCAGUAGAUUACACUGAAAUAUUCCAGCAAUUCAUCAGUGAAACUUGUGAAUUGCCUUAGCCAUGCUCAACUGCCAGACUAAAAGACAUGAUCAGUUAGAUAGAAUACAGAUUUGUGAACGAGCACUGAGACUCUUUGACCUGCAUUAGUGAAAGACAAUGACUUGCAAUAUAAUUUAUUUCAUUAAGAGAGCAAUAGGUUAAAAAAAAAAAUCUUGACGGUAGCAAGUUUGGUCCUGUAACUUGGACAAAUGGAUGUGCAAUAUAAUAUUGAGGUUGUUAAAGCCUUCCAAAGUCUGUUUCUUCACCUGCCUUCCUGUAUCAAAUACAAAUGGAUUAUUCAGAAUGAACAGAUAUGUUCUAAAACAUGUACAAAUACAGACACAAAUAGGAGAACCACUAUUAUAAUAAUUUUUUUUUUUUUAAUUUGGUAAAGAAAGGUUCGUAUGGCAUCCAGUUGAGACUAGAGGCGUGCAUGAGGACUGGGAUCCCAGGAACAGGUCAUACAUGCGGGAGGUUUUCAGUUUCAUAUUCAUUCAUUUGUUCUUAGUAGCUGGUCAGAGCUGCAGUGGUUUAGGUUCGGCUUCUACAAAACAAUAGACCAACUAAAUUCAUUAGAAAAUGUUGUGGGCAGGUACAAAGAAAGAUAAUACCUGUGUGAACGGGAGUAAAAAGUGAUGUACUGCUAUUUCUCUGGGGGUUUUUUUAAAGAUUUUUUUGGGGCUUUUUUUUUCACCUUUAUUGGAUAGGACAGUGUAGAGACAGGAAAUGAGCUGGAGAGAGAGAUGGGGAAAUGACCUCGGGUCGGAAUCGAACCCGGGUCCCUGGAUUUAUGGUAUGGCGCCUUAGUCGACUGAGCCAUGGCACCCCUGCUAUUUCUCUGGUUUAAAAAGAAAAAGGGGGAGAGGACCCUUGCAAUUUAGACCACGUCCACUUAAAAAUCCCAAUACAGCUACAAAAGUUUGGACCAUCCAUCCAUUAUCUGUAGCUGCUGAUCCUGUGCAGGGUCGCAGGCAAGCUGGAGCCUAUCCCAGCUGACCAUGGGCGAGCGGCGGGGUACACCCUGGACAAGUCACCAGGUCAUCCAGGGCUGACACACUGAGACAAACAACCAUUCACACUCAGUCAAUUGAGAGCCACCAGUUAACCGAACCUGCAUGUCUUUGGGGGAAACCAGAGCACCCGGAGGAAACCCACGCAGACACAGGGAGAACAUGCAAACUCCACACAGAAGGGCCCCUGGGCUCGAACCCAGAACCUUCUUGCUGUAAGGCGACAGUGCUAACCAGUGCUAACCACUACACCACCGUGCCGCCAAGUUUGGAACAGUGAACAGAUAAACAUAAUGGAUUAUGUUAACGAUAUCUCUGAAUACAGAAACUUAAUGUGUAACAUUGACAGUUUGACAUGCUCUUGUGGUUUCUGCUUUGAUCAAAUUUCACCACCAGUUAUGCAGGCUCAUCAGAACAUGAUAAUUGUUUGCUUUGUCUGUGUGGUGAGUCACAAUUUGUGGAGGAUUGUAUAGAGUAACCUCAUGAGAUUUUCUUUUAUACUAAACUAACAAAGGAAAUACAGGCUUCUGUAGAGGUGGUACAAAUGCCUGAGCUGUAUAUUAGACAUAGUACAACACUAUGCUCACUGAACACUUUAUUAGGAACACUGUACUAAUACUGGGCAGGGCCUCCCUUUGUUCUCAAAACAGAAAAAAAAAAUUCUUCGUGGCGUGGAUUCCACAAGCUGUUCGAAAAAUUCCUUUGAGAUUUUGGUCCAGUGACAUGACUGCCUCACACAGUUCCUGCAGUUUUUUCAUGUUCCUGUUCUACCACAUACCAAAGGUGUUCUAUUUUAUUCAGAUCUGGUCAGUGGAAAGGCCACUGAAGAACAAUGACUUCCUUGUCAUGCUCAUGAAACCAGUUUAAGAUGACUUGCUUUGUGACAUGGUGUAUUGUCAUGCUGGAAGUAGCCAUUGGAAGAUGGGUAGAUUGUGGCCAUGAAGAUAGGCACAUAGCUGUGACAUUCAAGUGAUGUCUGAUUGGUAUUAACGCGUUCAAAGUGUGCCAAGAAAACAUUCCCCACAUCACACCACCACCAGCCUGGACUGCUGACACAAGGCAGAUUGGAUCUAUGCUGUUGGUACCAAAUUCUGACACUACCAUCCGUGUGCCUCAGCAGAAACUGAUUCAUCAAACCAGGUGACGUUUUUUCAGUCUUCAGCUGUCCAGUUUUGUGAGCUUGUGCCCAUUGUAGCCUCAGCUUUCUGUUCUUAACUGACCAAAGGGGAACCUAGUGUACUGUUCUGUUGUUUUAGUCCAACUGCCCUGAGGUUUGACAUGAUGUGAAUUUUUGAGAUGCUUUUAUGCUCAUCAGUUGUAGAGUAGUUAUCUGUGUUACUGUAGCCUUUCUGUCCGCUCAAACCUGUCUGGCCAUUCCCUGUUGACCUUUUGAUUCAACAAGGUGUUUCCAUCUGCAGAACUACUGAUCACUGGAUGUUUUUUUUUCUUUAUUGUACCAUACUGACCAAACGCCAGAGACUAUUGUGCAUGAAGAUCCAAGAUGAUCAGUAGUUAUAUAUUUAAAAAAAAAAAAACCUCAAACCAGCUGAUUUGGUACUAACAAUCAUGCCACGGUCAAAAUCACUGAGAUCAUAUUUUCCCCCCCAGUCUGAUGGUUGAUGUGAACAUUACCCAAAUCUGCAUGAUUUUAUGAUUGUACUGCUGCCAUACAAUUGGCUUAUUAGAUAUUGCAUGAAUGAGUAGGUGUACACAUGUUCCUAUUAAAGUGCCCAGUAACGAGAGUAUAUGCUUUGCUUUUUGUCUUACGCUGACAAGACACCACUGUUUUUAGUAAAUAAGCAUGAGGAUAAACUGUAUGUAGGAUAGUUUUGUUGGAGGAAAUGACAAUCGUGUGUGUGUGUAUACACACUGUGGCUCAUUAACGUGUAGACUCACUGAAAUUCCAAGGAUUCAUUAAGCUUCUCAUUCUGCACUUCAGCUGGAUACGAUAAACAUAGAUUGCAAACUAGGGAAACAAUCCAAGUAACACAAUCAUUCAAUACACUGAUCAUGUUGCACAGUACAGAAUGAACUACAGGUACAGAGAAUUAGUGUUCAUGUUGAAUGUUUUACCGUGUAAUCCACAUUUUUUUUGUCAAUCUACUUUUAUAUUGAUGCUGUGAUAAAUUUGCUGUGGGUUUUUUUUUUUUAAUUAUCUGUAGGUCAGCUAAGGUCUCUUAGGAAUGUAAAGACUUCAGCACUUAGCUGCUCGAGAUGAUCCGUCAACAAUGUGAAGGGUUUUAAAUGGUUUCUUUUUUGAUUUUGGGUUCAUUCAGACCAAUGAGUAACUCAGUAUUUGUUAAUUUACGGUUGUGAUGAAGACAUUACUUGAAAAAGAGAUUUAAAAUACUUUUAUUUUAUGCAUAUUGAUUUUAUUGGUUUUUAAUAGUGUUGUGUUUGCCCAUUUUCUUGUAUGUAGUACAACUCAAGUUCCUGGAAUGCUGAAGAUUGCUGCUCAACUAGUGGAAACUUAAUUACGCACUGAUGGGUGAGCAAGUCGUAGUGCUCAUUC